AUGACACAUGAACUACAUCUAGGAUCAGUUGUUCCUGAUAAUCCCAAGAACCGAGGUCAUGCUCUUAAGGCUGAGGAACUGGAGGAUUCAGAACCAGAUGAAGAAGAGGCUGCCACUUUGGUCAGAAGGAUGAAAAGAUUAUACAGAAACCUCAGACCGGGAAAUAAAAAAGGAAGGAACUCCGGAAGAAGAACAGUUGGUUCCAAAUCCGACCAAGGAUGCUUCAGGUGCGGUGAUCCAGACCCUCAAAUCAGGGAGUGCCCUCAGUGGGAAUAUGAAAAAGGAAAAGGAAAGGAUCAGCUCAAAGAAAGAUUCAACAAACCCACCUUUUCCAAACCCAAAAAGGCAAUGAUUGCAACAUGGGGAGAUGUUACAGACUCGGAGGACGAUGAUGACCAACCAGAAAAAGAAACUGCCAACCUGUGCCUCAUGGCAAAGAUUGAUGGAACAAUGCAAGAUCCAUCAAACGAGGAACAAGCAGAAAAUCAAGGUGUUCCUAUGCAAGAGGAACAAGUAGAAAAUAAUCUGGAAGUUCAUGUUCAAGAGGAACAAGCUAAUCAGGAGGUUCCUAUCCGAGAGGAACAAGCAGAAAAUACUGGAGUCUCCGUUCAAGAGGAACAAGAGGAACAAGGAACUCCAAGAUCAAGAGGAUCAAGAGGAACUCAAGGAGUUCAAAGAACGGAAGAAAUUGAAGAAACUUUGGAUGUUCCCAUGGUUCAAAUUCAACCUAAACCAUGGAAACUUCAGAGUUCCCAUCGAAUGGAACUGAUCGUCAGCAACAUUGUUAGGAGAAUUCAAACAAGGUCUCAACUCAGGAGCUUUUGUACUUUCCAGUCGUUCCUCUCCAUAAUCAAGCCAAAUAACCAGAAAGGGAUAGGACUCAAAUAG